AAAAAAAAAAAAAAAUCAAAAAUUGGGAAGAACAAAAUUAAAGGAGUACGCUUCCCACACCCGCCCAAAGAAAAAAUCAAAGGGGUAACGUACCAGCACCAGGCACUACCCACCAGGGCAUGGGAGUAACGGAGCAAACAGGGCAAAGAGGCGGCAGAUGGGCAGACAGCCAGACGUGCAAAAGCAAAAGCAACAGCAAAAGCGAGAUCAAGGUACCCAACACAGCAGAGUAUUCUAGGCAGGGAGGACAUGAAAAACAGAAACAGCACAGAGAGAGGCCGAAGGCAAUACAAAGGACAUACAUAAAGGAGUAUAGCAUACAGCAGGGAGGGAAACAGGGCGCAACAACAUCAGCCGGGUACAUAGUUCGCCACAAGCGCUGCCUCGGCCGCCCUACUCGCUUCUACAGCAGUGCCCGGUCGCCGUUUCUUCCCCCCCA